UUGUGUCAUGUAUUUGUGUGUCCGAGGUCAAAGUGAAAUGGACUAUGUAAUGAUAGGCAUUGGUAACGUGCAUGGGUGGUUGGACUUUGGACCAGUGGUGGCACUUGACUCUGACUCAAACAUGGUGCUGUGUCUAACUGUCUACGGAUGAAUCUACAGCAGACAAACCCGAAGCUUGGUUCACAACUGUGCAAGUUCAACCAACAUGCUAGUUAUAGCAUAGGCUCCUGGUAAAGGCUCCUAUACUAUAGCUUAGGAUGUGCACUCCUGGUAUUACAAUAAUUAGAAACGUUGACCUUUGAACUUGCCAGUUCAGGUUGUAAAUUUGCUCAUGCCACUGUUAUGAAAAGUCGUAACACAAGCCAUGGAGAUUGAGGAAGGUACAUCUUGGUGUGAGAAGAAAUAUCCAGGCGUCUCAGAUUCAGGAGUUCCAGAGACAGACUUAGAUGGUUCUAUGACAGACCAGGUGUCAAGGACAUUCCAGGAUAGAGGCACCACAAAUGGGGCUGAUACAAAACAAAAGAUAUCUGUACAGGGAAAGAAAGAACUGCACACAGCUUCUAUAGACAAGUCCUUUCUAUCAUCAGUCUUUGGUUGGUUCAAAUCAGCAUCAAAACCUACAGCCAGUCUGACAGGUCGUCAGCUGACCCCCCGGGAGUUGUACCACCUCUGCCGUACCCUGGGUCCACACUGGGAGCAGGUUGGUCAGCAGCUGGGGCUGGACCAGGACACGCUUGACCGCUGUGCUCUGGACAACAGGGACAGUCAGUGGGGACAGGUACACGACAUGCUGCUGACAUGGAUGGAGAGGUCGGGGGUCAAGGCUACGGUGGAAAUGUUGACUGAAGGUCUGCAAGCUGUAGGGGUGGGGCCACACCUGUAUAACUGUAUCAGAGUUCCAUCACUGUUCGAACUGAACCAUCUGGCCUGGAAACUAAGUGAUGCUUCAGGUUGGGAGGAUGUGAUGCUGCAUCUAGGUCUGACACAAGACGACAUCCGACAUGCCAAAGAUGCCCACCCAGACUACAGGUGCAGUCAGGUGCACCACAUGUUACUGAUGUGGGUAGAGAAGUCAGGAACAGAGGCUACAGUGGGCCGGCUGUGUGACGCUCUGAAAAACCACAACGUUGAAACAGAAAAAUUUCUCUUUCUUACAGUGACAAACAUUGAUUGUAUUCUCUGA